AUGGUUUGCGUGGAUAUCAACAAGCUGAUGAAGAGUAGGAACAAGACUGACGGCACCAGUAACGGCAAGCUUGGCCUCCAGGAACGAUCACUGGAACUUUCAGCAGAGCCGCACAAUGAGCUGGAGUACGACUUCCCGGAGGAUCUGUACAAGAGAGCCGCAGUCAACACUACGUCGCCGAGCGACGGGCUUGUGGAUCUUACGUCGUACGUGAUAGAGACGGUUGACGACCUAGGGUAUCAGGGCACCACGUUGCUGCCCACGCCAUUCGACCUGGACGACAGCGAGCUCGACGGUUACUGGUUCAGCACGCUGGGUCUACAAGGCAGCAACGGUGACUAUGUGCUCUCCGCCUGCAGCGACGGCAACGUCUACAUGCAGGAAAAGUCUGCUCCGAAUAGCCAGCCCUGGUACAUAACCUGCAGUACGCUGUGGGCCGGCUACGAGGACACCGUCCUGUCCACACCCACCGGCGGGAUUCUGCACUAUUACAAGAAUACCAUGUCGAAAGUCAAUGUCAGCCGUCUCCGCACGGCCGAUGAGUCUAGCAUCCCCGGCACGUCCGCUUAUGUCUCACUUGCUCCCUUUUACUACACCGACAACUCUGAUUCAAAUGAGGACACUGGUCCUUCCAUCCUCGCUGCCUUCGAUGAGGAUGACAAUAUUUCCUUCCCGGCCGUCUGCACGUACAAGGAUACAUCUCCCUCUCGCAUCUUCCUCAUCGGCCCUGACGUCGAAGCCAACCUCGCCUUGCUGCAGUCCCCCGACAUUGAGUACUCCAUCACCAACGGCGAGGUCGACACAUGCUACCUGCUGUUCCUGUCUAUCACCUCUCGCGAGGCAGGAGCAUGGGCUGCUGAAGACGUCAAGGCCACCGAAACUUACGAUUCCGACCCCUUGGACGUUGAAUUCGAAGAUAGCUUGUUCAGCGCCGACGGCGACUUCAAUUUGCCUGCUGAUGACCUGUUAUCUGAGGAGGGUGACAACUCGCUCGAUGAUUUGAAUGUUGUCUUCGGCGACGAAGAGUUCGCCAUUGACGGCGACACUGUGGCUGAAUGGAGCGACACCCAGGACUGGUCCCCUGUUGAUGCAAGUCUGACGGGUCCUGACGUGGAGCAGGAAACGUAUGAUUUCCAGGAUGAGUACAAUGAUGGCGAUGAAGGCGGCGAUGGUGAGGAAGGAUAUGCUACUGAGGACGGUGGCAACAUCGCCUGA